AUGGCUUCCACCUCAUCCUCAUCCUCAUCCUGGUCUUCGGCCUCCGCAUCUCCCGCCGCCGCCGCCAACAUCCUUUCCCUGUCCCUCGCCAAAUUCAAAGACACCACCGCGGUCAGCCCGCCGAAUAUCGUGGUCCUCGUGUCCGUAUUGCUUGGGUUUGUCCUGCUGCUGCGCCGCCACGGGAACGCCAACCCAUCCCUGCCGGAUCUGCCGUGGGUUGGCCGCAACGACAAGGCUUGGGUCCUGCCGGGUCUGAGGACAAGGCUGUGGUGCUCGGUCAACUAUGAGGAGGCUUUGAGGAGGGCGUAUGAUCAGUAUGCCCGUCACAACAAGCCGUGCAUCCUCGCCACCCUCGACGGCGAGGUCGUUCUGCUUCCUCCCUCCAACACACCCUGGCUGAUCGCCCAGCCCGACAAUGUCCUCAGCGUCAAUGGCGCGCACAAGCAUAUCCUACAGACCCGAUAUACCUUUCCCAAGCCCGAGAUUAUGGAUCCGACUGUUCAUUUCGACGUCAUCAAGUCCGAGUUGACCAGACAAGUCUUCAACGUCACGCCCGAAGUAUGCGACGAAUUGGCCGCCGCUGUGGAUCAAAUCUGGGGCAGCGAAGCUGAUCCCGAUUUCGAAUACUACUCCGACGCCGAAGGGUGGAAGACCGUGGUGCUCUUUGACAGUCUCACCAAGAUCAUAGCCAGGAUCUCCAACAGGGUCUUUGUUGGGCUGCCACUCUGCCGUGACGAGCGAUAUCUCAAAAACGCAAUCGGGUUUGCCGAAGACAUUGCAUAUUCUGCAACAAUCCUGCGACUCUUUCCCGGUAUAAUCCGCUCUGUGGUCGCUCCGAUAGUGACGUCUUCCAACCGCGAGCAUACUCGCGCCUACACUGAAAUCCUCACGCCCGAGAUCAUCCGGCGUCAACGCCUCCAGCAAGAAACUGCGAGCGACUCCAAGCCCGAACCCAAGAACAGCGAAACGGAGCAGGCUGAGAACGGCGCGAAGAAUGACUUCCUCCAAUGGCUCUUGACCCGCUCGCUCACCAAAUCGUAUCCUUCGCCCGACGAGACGAAUCCAGAAAUCAUCAGUGCGCGCCUUCUGCAUGUGAACUUUGCAUCCGUACACACGACUAGUUUUAUCGGGACCAACGCCUUAUUGGAUAUCCUUGCCGCACCACUCAAUGAGCGCGUCCUGGAAACGCUGCGGAAGGAGGCCCUGGACAACAUGGAGCCAGAUACAGGGUCUGGACCGGCUUCGAGGAUGUGGUCGCGCACGGCUAUCGCCAGAAUGCACUACCUCGACUCUGCCCUGCGGGAGAGUUCGCGCCGCGCCAGUAUCAUAGGUGUGGGCGUGAACCAAAAGGUCGUUGCUCCUGGUGGUAUCACGACCCCCGAUGGGACGCAUUUGCCCGAAGGCUGUAUGGUCGCCACCCACAGCUGGGGAUGCCAUAAUGACGAGAGCCUCUAUGAGGGAGCCGACAAAUACAAGCCUUUUCGCUUCGUCGAGUUGAGAGACAAAAUCUCGGAUGGAGUUGGGGAAGGUGGUAGAGACAAAGCAGAUCGGGAGAAGGAGUACCUGGACAAAGCCCACCUCUCCUUUAUCGCCACCUCGCCCUCCUACCUUGGGUUUGGACACGGUCGACACGCCUGUCCCGGAAGAUUUUUCGCUGCGCAGGAGUUGAAGCUGUUACUGGCGUAUCUGCUCUCGCGGUACGAAAUCCACAUGGCCAUGGAAGGAGGAAUAGGAGGCAGCUGGAACGGGAAGGGCAUCAGGCCUGAGAAUUACUGGGCGGGACCAAACCACGUCCCGCCGAUGAGUGCCAAACUGCGGGUGAGGAGACGGAAGGAGUUCCAAUAG